AUGGUAACAAUUGAAUCAAGAAUGAUAUCAUCUACUGCCUCGUGUGGACGCUCGCGGGACGAGUCCUCAGAUACAGCCGUCGAGCUGGACACCGGAAAUAUCAGAUCGCCGGCCGAGGAAUCAAUGAAACCACUUCCUGAAGGCGGCUAUGGAUGGGUCUGUGUGGCAUCCGUAUUUCUCAUCAAUGCACAUACAUGGGGUGUGAACAGCGCUUAUGGAGUUCUUCUCUCCUACUAUCUCUCCGACCAUACUUUUCCAAACACAAGUGCCCUCGAAUAUGCAUUUGUUGGCGGACUGAGUAUUGCAAUGGCCUUUGUCGUAUCUCCCCUCUCAACAUACAUUGUCCAUCAUUACGGAAUGCGCCCUGCUCUCAGCAUCGGCAGCGUGCUCGUCGCAGUUUCUCUGAUAACAACUUCCUUCGCGCAGAAAACAUGGCAACUCUUCCUUUCUCAGGGCGUAUGCUUCGGGCUAGGAAUGGGCUUUGCCUUUGUCGGCUCUGUCGGGGUUGUUUCACAUUGGUUUCACAAACGCCGAAGUCUUGUCAAUGGCAUUGUCGCCGGUGGUUCUGGCAUCGGAGGAUUGACAUACUCACUCGCUGUCAAUGCCAUGAUUACGCGCCUCGGUUAUCCAUGGGCUAUGCGCAUCCUCGGUAUCAUAUGCUUUGUUGUCAAUCUCGUCUGUGGCAAUCUUCUUCGACUGCCGCCGAACUAUCAUCCAAAAGUUAACCAAUCGCUGAUGAAAAUUGGCCUUUUCAAGAAGCCCGAAUACAUAUUCUAUCUCGCGUGGGGUCUAUUUAGUGGCCUGGGCUACAUUGCCUUGCUGUUUAGUCUGUCCAGCUAUGCGGUAGCAGUUGGCAUGACACAACAAACAGGAAGUAUCGCCAGUGCUCUAUUGAGUCUAGGCCAGGCCCUCGGUCGUCCUUUGGUGGGCAUUCUCAGUGACCAUUUCGGCCGGAUAGAGGUUCCUCUAUAUGCAUCCAUGCUCGCUGGACUCUUUUGCCUCGUGAUUUGGCCAUUCUCCGACUCUACUGGUGUGCUAUACUUUUUCUCGAUUAUCGUUGGUCUAGAAUCUGGGACGUUGUGGGCAGCAGCAGCUCCAAUUGCUGCUGAAAUCGUUGGGCUUGCCGAUUUAUCAGGUGCAUUAGGAUUCUUCUGGCUUGUUCUGGCACCGCCUACGGCUGUUGCUGAACCUAUUGCGGUGCAGCUACGGGACAGCACUGCCAAUUCGUAUCCUUAUUUGAGAGUUCAACUAUUUACUGGAUUUAUGUAUAUUGGAGCUGGUCUUUGGCUCAUCUGCCUAAAGGUUUGGAGAGCAAAAAGCAACGAAUGA